ACACGGGAGGGGAUAAAAGACAGCAGGCCUCUUUAAAAGGCACAUUGCAGCUGCAAUAAUAGAUCAAAGAUAGCUUGUUGCUCAACUGGAGAUAGAAUGGAAGCCAGUAUGGAUAUUCUAUAUCACACAGGCAUCCAAGCCAUACACUUUCUGCAAACAAGAUACCCAGGAUCGCAGGAUUGGUUCCUCUUUGUUUCUUUUGCUGCCGACCUCCGAAACACUUUCUUUGUCCUGUUUCCUAUUUGGUUCCAUCUCUGUGAAACUGUGGGAAUCAAGCUCAUCUGGGUUGCUGUGAUUGGUGACUGGCUAAACCUCGUAUUUAAAUGGAUCCUUUUUGGACAAAGACCCUACUGGUGGGUACAUGAGACCAAUUUCUAUCAAAAUAUGUCUGCUCCUGAAAUCCAGCAGUUUCCAGUUACCUGUGAAACCGGCCCAGGGAGUCCUUCUGGCCAUGCAAUGGGUUCAGCUGGUGUGUAUUAUGUGAUGGUUACAGCUAUUCUCUCUCUCACCCAAGGAAGGAAACGUCCAUCAUGGAAACAUCGCUUUUUGCAAACGGUGCUUUGGGCUGUUUUUUGGACCAUCCAAGUUUGUGUCUGUGUCUCUCGUGUCUUCCUGGCAGCUCAUUUUCCACACCAAGUCAUUGCUGGUGUCUUCUCAGGUAUUUUGGUGGCCAAAUCUUUCCAGUACAUCACUUUCAUCUAUGAUUUCAGCAUGCAGAAAUAUACAGCUACUACCCUUUUCCUCUUCUCUUUUGCUCUGGGAUUCUACCUACUGCUCAAGGUACUCGGUGUGGACCUCCUGUGGACGUUAGAAAAGGCCAAGACAUGGUGUGAGCAUCCAGAAUGGGUGCAUCUGGACACUACCCCUUUUGCUGGCCUCUUGCGCAACCUGGGAAUCCUCUAUGGCCUGGGACUGGCCCUUAAUUGUUCAAUGUACACGGAUAGCUGCAAAAGUAAACAAGGGCAGCGGCUAAACUUUCGACUGGGCAGCAUUGGUAUCUCACUUCUUAUCCUGCACCUGUUAGAUUCCUUCAAGCCUCCAGUCAACAUAGAGCUUCUCUUCUACCUGUUUUCUUUUUGCAAAAGUGUGGCUGUGCCCUUGAUAGUGGCUGCCUUAAUCCCCUACUGUGUAACACAAUUGCUCAGGCUACAGGACAAGAAAGUUCUGUAGGUUGAAGACCAGCAACGUAUAUAAGUGAAUUGCUAGGAUGUAGAAUAAUAGGGGCCAAAACAAAGUAUUCAUGGGGGAGCCUAUUACCUAGCUAUUCUGGGCUGAUCAGCCCACAUUUGGAUGAUGGUCCCUGCUGGCUUCAGAGUAAGGCUUACUUAUUUGCCCCAAAUAUGUCAACCAGGUUCCCUAUUAUUACUGUUCAUCUAACACUGCCAGCACAGGCUGAUUCUGGUUGUGCAAAACAUUUUUCUAUGGCGGCAAAAGAGCAUUUAUGGUUGUCACCAAGAUGAGUCCUGCCAGCAAAGCUGAUAACAUUCUCUGAAGACAUUCUGGAAUAUGUUUUAGGAUAGAGAUUGACAAUGAUAAAG